UGGACGAGUUGUUUGAGUGAUUUGUUUACUAUUUGUGGUUUGUGUUUUUUGCAAGAUGUUAUUUAACGAGUAGUACUUUUUAAAAUUAUCACUUAAAUCUCCUUGACAAUGAAUCCAACACCUGAGAAAGUUGAUUUGCAGGCUUUGUGCGUGAUUUGUUUACAGAAGGCUAAACACUUCAUAAAUCUCUUUUAUGACAACAACGAAUCCAAAGAAACUUUAAAUAAAAUCUAUCAAUGUUUUCAAGUUACGUUAUCUGCUGAUAAAAGUAUACCUUCUUUGAUGUGCGGCGACUGCCUACACGAAUUGAAUGUCGCUAAUAAUUUUCGACUCAAGUGUAUUACACUCAAUGAAAGACUCGAGCUAUAUCUGAAAGAACAUUUGCAAGAAGGCAAAGACCAAGUUGAAAAUGAGUAUAGUAACUGUAUAUCAAAUUACGAAGAUGGUCCAGAUUCAGAUUCCUGUGUUAAUGACUGUUCUGAUUUAAAUGUUGUGUGGAGAAAGGUCAAUGAAGUUAACAAGGGUGAAGAAAAUUGUUUACAAAAAGAAACAAGUAACUUUAAAUGUAAUUUAUGUCAUAAAGUUUUAAAGACAAGAAUUACUUUACUAAAACAUUAUGUAUCAAUGCAUGAGAAAAGAAAACAUAUUGGCAAAGUGUCUGGGUUUGGUGCCGCUAGAAGAUACCAUUGUACAUCAUGCACUUAUUCUACACCUCACAGCCAAACCUUAGUAAGUCAUAUGAGAACCCAUAAUGGGGAGAGACCAUACAACUGUAGUGAAUGUAGUAAGAGUUUUACACAGUCAUCAAGUCUCGCAGCACAUCGGAAAACCCACAGUACCACAACUUACUUCACAUGUAGCUUAUGUGGCAAACAGUUCAAGCAUGCAUUUACUAUGAAAAAACACAUGCGGGUUCAUGAAAAUGCAAGCUUCACUUGCAAUAUUUGCCUAAAAACAUUAAAAUCAAAGGAAACUCUACGAGCACAUAUGCAUAGGCAUUUUAAAAUUUGUAAUUACAACUGUGAAGAUUGUGGAGCCACAUUUGUAACAUCUGCAGAGUUACAUAAUCAUAGAAAAAAACAUAGCUUAGAAAAGAAAUUACAAUGUCAUAUGUGUGGGUAUAAAACACAUACUAAGAAAAACUUGAUUAUGCAUUUGAAAAGACACACUGGAAACAGGACAUUCAAAUGUGAUAUGUGCCAUGUAGGCUUCUACACACAGAGCAACCUGAGGCGGCAUUUGAGAGUGCACACCGGAGAUAAACCAUACUCAUGUCCUACUUGCAGCCAAAAGUUUAGUUAUAGUCCAAGUCUUAAUAAACAUAUGAAAACUAUACAUGGAGUCGACUACAAAUGGGCAGAUUGGAAAGAAACUAUAGCAAAGCUUGUAGACAAGACUGAUGUAAAUAUGCCUACUUCAUCAAAAUAGUUGAUAUUAAAUAAAACACAAUUUAAACAUAGAAA